CUUGUUAUUAAUUGGUUUUUUCCUAUUGUUAUUGUCAUUUCUUGUUCUUGUACAGAUUCAAGCAUGUAGAGUGAAAUAUAAAAUUACAUGUUUUCUGUUUGCAGUUUCUUUUCAGCUAUACGACCUCAAGCAGCAAGGGUUCAUUGAGAGACAAGAGGUGAAGCAAAUGGUAGUGGCUACACUUGCUGAAUCUGGUAUGAACCUUUCAGACGACGUGAUAGAAAGUAUAAUUGAUAAGACCUUUGAAGAGGCUGAUACCAAACAUGAUGGGAAGAUCGACAAGGAGGAGUGGCGGAGCCUUGUUUUACGACACCCGUCUCUUUUGAAGAAUAUGACCCUACAAUACCUCAAGGACAUCACAACUACAUUCCCAAGCUUUGUGUUCCACUCACAAGUAGACGAUACUUGAGGUUCUCCUUCGAUUUAAAUUUAAGAGGUUGGUCAGGUUUGUUAUUAUGAUUUGUUUGUCUCCAGAUUAUCUGGGCCUCAUAUGUUUGCGUGGCCCGGAGCGCUGUUUGAUGAGAUUGGUGAUUGUGAGGACAAACGUGGGCUCUUUGUUUCUAAGUUCAACUACUACACAGUCUCACUUUUCCUAUUGAAAAGGGCCCCUUUAGUA